AUGCCUCGUGAAUUAUUAUUUUUCACUGUGAUACUAUUCAAUUUUAUUCUGUAUGUUGAAGACAAAGUGAUUGUAAAUCCAAAUUUUCAAUCUAACGUCAUAAAUAGUGCUUCAAGAACUCAAGAUCAACAUGUAAAUGAGAACUCCGAUUUCAAGGUAAUGAAAGCUGACCGCUUGAGCGGGAAAAUGAACCACAAUGCCUGCACUGGAGAUUGUAACGAAAAAAGUCAGAAAUUUUUAAGUGAAAGUAAGCACACGUGUCCUUACGAGAGUAAGGAAUUGUGCUUGAUAUUCUCAUUGUCGAAAAUCGCUAAAGUUCAAGUGGCUACGUUAAGUCAACCUUCGACAUAUCACAAUUUAAAGUCAAAUAUCUUUGACAGUACGUCGAAAGAUGCCAGAAAUUCGAAAGUUAACGAGGCAAGGAGGGAGGAUGAUGAACAGUUACGUUCCGAAUUUACAAAUCGAAAUGAAGACAAAUAUUUCGAGAAUUUUUCAGAAAGACAGACGAAGUUAUCAAACAUUCAUUGUCGAGCAGUUCGCGAUGUUUACAUACUAGAAGUGAAGCAAAGUCUACCAGCUUUUGCUUGUAUAUUUGGAAACAAUACAUUCAUCUUAUCGAGUGAAAGAUUUCUUCAAGAUCGACGAUCAUAUUUGAAUAUAAGAAUCGAUGAGAAUACAUUUAAAAGCAUAAAAGCUACUCCGAAAAUUUCCAGAAUCAACGGAAUUAACGUGAUACCUGCAUUGCUUGUUUUAAAUCUUGCUAAUAACAACUAUAGAAUAGAAAUGCAUGAAAACAUUUCUAACAAUGAAAAGGUCUAUCAAUCAGAAGGGAGUCGCUAAGGAAUUAUUGGAGAAAUUAUCACGUUUUGUUAAAGGUUCGAAUGUCCGGUGAUAACUUUCAAUUCAUUAUCUUUUGUUAAGUAAACAAUACAUGUAAAUACGAUAAUUGUAACUCUAUCGGUAGUUGUAUCUUUGUAACAGUUGGAAGGAAAUAAAAUUGUACAAUAUAAUUAACAAGUUUUCUCGCCAUUUUUCUUCCAAUUCUGAUAUGUUGUUACAAAGUAUUCGAUAUAAAUGUAAUUCGAUUUUAUUUCAUAAUCUAUCUUAGAAGUACACUCGAUUUAUGCAAAUUGUUAAUUUCAUGUGUUUUUUUUUUUUAUGCAGAAUAAAUAA